ACAAUAUUUUACUAUUUUGACAACUUAAACACUUGAACCUUAUAAUACUUUGUUCAGUUACUUAUUCCAUAUCCAUGUGUAGGAUAAUAAUUGGAACUCAACUUUUGUCUGCCUCUAAAAAUCCACUCCUACUUUUUAUCCAUUUAAGGUGUUUGUCAAAGAAUCAACAACUCAAAAAUUCCUUAAACAUACCAACAAAGGGUUAAGGAAUUAUUAUCUUCAAAAUGGAAAGACUAAGAAAGGAACCAUGCAUCUUCUCUUCUCAAGAACUUCCUCAAAGUCCAACCACACCAUCACAAAAUCAACAUGAAAAGAAGAAACAACAAUCUAUUGAUCUUGAAGAAGAUAUCAAAAUCACAAAGGUAGAUGUUUCAUUAUUUGAUUUAAAUGUAUCAACCAAUGAUGAUUUUGUUCUUGAAGAAGCAAUAGAACUCAAUCUUAUAACUUCUUUAGGUGUUGCUAAUGAUUCAUCAUUAGAAAACAAGAAUAACCUUGUUGAGGUGGAACAAAGAGUUUUUUCUUGUAACUAUUGUCAUAGAAAAUUCUAUAGUUCACAAGCAUUAGGUGGACACCAAAAUGCUCACAAAAGAGAGAGAUCCAUAGCAAAAAGAGGACAAAGAUUUGGAACACAGAUUAUAGCUUCUGCUUCUGCUUUUGGAUUUCCAAUUAUGCAUAACAAACAAAGCUAUUCAAACAUGGCUUCUUUGCCUCUUUAUGGUGCUCUUGGAAUUCAAGCACACUCCAUGAUUCAAAAGCCUUCUAAUGGAUUUGGAAACUCUUAUGGACAUCAUCAUCAUCAUCAUCAUCAUGGUUGGUCAACAUCAUCAUCAGCAUUAUCAUCAUCAAGAGGAAGUGUUGGAAGAUUUGAAGUGGUGGAUACUAUGAAGAAUUCUGCAGCUAGUAAAGAAAUUAAUGGAUAUUUUGUGAGUGGUGGAACAAGUUUGAAGACUCAUAUGAAUCAAGAAGAAAUGAAGAAGAAACAUCUUGAUUUAUCUCUCAAGCUAUGAACAUGGAUUUGAAUCUUUAUUGGUCAGUGAUUCUAGAUUAGAUUAGUUUAGAUUUUUGUGUGAAAUAUAGCAUUUGUGUAAAUUAGUAUCAUAGUUAAUUUUCUUGUUAUUCACUUUAAAGUGAUUUAUUGAGUUGUAACUUUUAUGAUUGUUAUGUCUUUUUCUACAAGAGUUUUUUUUUCUUUUUCUUUAGUCUGUCAAUAGAUGAAAGUAAUGUAAAUUUAGUGAAGGUUUUCAUGUUCUUUAUA